UUGGUGCGGCACUAGGGCGCCGCCUCUUUGCACGCGUGUUGCGCCCCCGCCGUGUGGCGCACGCCUACUCCGUCCGUGCCCUCAGCGUGCGCGUGCUCCUCCCCCUUUCCACAUUCCUCGAGGCAUGCGGCAUCCAGCUCCGCGCGUGCCUGUUCGUCAUGCGCGCUCCGCGCGCCCCGCUCGUCCACCCUGCUGCGCGCGCGUCUCCGCCAAUCGCCCGCGUCCCAUCAGCGCUUGCGCCCAUCGCUUCGCGCAUACUGCUGCCACGUGCUACGCGUACGCCC